AUGAGCAAGGCAAAGAGUGAGUCCCACCACGUGCGUUACCUGAUAUCUAUUUUACCUGUGCACUGCAAUGUUAUAAUAAGCAACUGCCUGCUCAUCAUGUUGCUGUAUUUAUUCACUUUUAGUCCUCACAUGAUUACAUGAGUACACUGAGAGAGAGAGAGAGAGAGAGAGAGAGAGAGAGAGAGAGAGAGAGAGAGAGAGAGAGAGAGAGAGAGAGAGAGAGAGAGAGAGAGAGAGAGAGAGAGAGAGAGAGAGAGAGAGAUGGAUGGUACAACUAGAAAGUGUUAGUAAUUAUUACAGCUCAUUACCAUCUCUCAUACCUCUCUUAGUCUCUAAGCCUGCUCCAGACUGGGUGGGGACAGCAGUAGUUGAUGGACAGUUGAAACAGCUCAGUCUGUUGGACUACAGAGGAAGAUACCUGGUCCUGCUCUUUUACCCUCUGGACUUGUGAGUACCUCAGUCUACCACUGGGCUGCUGUUUUCAGCUCAUCUCAGUCAAGACCAGAGACCCAGACAACAUUUAAGAAAGUUGAGUAAUGAUCCGAUAAUUUCCUUAUCCCUAUACAGCUCAGUAAAAGUGUGUGUAUGCGUGUGUCUCGCAGUACGUUUGUCUGUCCCACUGAGGUGAUAGCUUUCAGUGAGCAUGUGGAAGAGUUCAGAGCCGUCGGAGCCGAGGUGGUCGCCUGCUCUACAGACUCCCAGUUCACACACCUGGCCUGGUAUACGAACUCUGAUCCCUGACCUCUCACCCCUUUACAAAUACAAAUUGAUUGAUUGAUUUUCCAUGUCAAUAGGAUCAACACUCCUCGGAAGCAGGGUGGGCUUGGACUAAUGAAAAUCCCUCUUCUCUCUGACAUCACACACCAGAUUGCCAAGGACUACGGCAUCUACAUGGAGGACCUGGGACACACACUCAGGUAGGGCUCACACACACACACCCUUCUCCUCUCCCCUUCUCCUCUCCUCUACCACUCCUCCUCUACUCUCUCCUCUCUUCUCCUCUCCAGGGGUCUGUUCAUCAUAGACAGUGUAGGUGUUCUGAGACAGGUGACCUUAAAUGACCUCCCAGUAGGAUGUUCUGUAGAGGAGACCCUGCGUCUGGUCCAGGCUCUGAAACAAACCGACACACACCACACAGGUAGGGUUCUUAACACACACAGGUAG